CGGACACCGCGGCGGAGCACCAGCGGAUCCUGCGCGAGGUGGAAAGCACCGACACCAACUGCCUCGGGCCGACGCUCAGGGUUGCUGUUGGACUGUGGGGGGGGGGUUCCGUUGCAGUCCAAAAGACUCCUCUAACUUUGAGCUGUGACAGCUGGGUUCGCCUGUAUCAGUCACCAACACAUGAUCAGUCUACGAUGGGCAAGAGCAUGGGCUCUUCAUGGAGAAGCUGGAGGGGCGGAUUCGCAACCACGACCGCGAGAUCGAGAAGAUGUGCAACCACCACUUCCAGGGCUUCGUGGAUUCCAUCACGGAACUGCUCAAAGUCCGUGGGGAGGCCCAGAAACUCAAGGGUCAGGUGAUCGAGACCAAUCGGAAGCUGCGGAACGACGGCAAGGAGCUCCUGGCGACAAUGGACGAGCUGACACAGUGCCGUCUGCAGCAGAGGAACAUCGCCACAACCAUCGACAAACUGACUCACUGCCUGCCAGUGUUGGAGAUGUACAGCAGACUGCAGGAACAGAUGAGAGCUAAAAGAUACUACCCAGCUCUGUGCACACUGGAACAGCUGGAGCAGAGCUGCCUGCCGAGGGCUGGGGAGUAUCGUUUCUGUGCCAUCAUGGCGGAGAACAUCCCAGUCCUCCGCGCCCACAUCAGGGAUGUGUCCAUGUCCGACCUCAAAGACUUCUUGGAGAGCAUACGCAAACACUCGGACAAGAUUGGAGAGACCGCCAUAAAACAGGCACAGGUGCAGAGCUCUCGGGACAAUGCCAUCACACACCAACAGAGGGCAGGCAGUGGGCGGAGAUUGCGCAAGGAGGCGGGGUCAGGCACAGAAGUAGACCAAUCGGGUGGCAGUCCACUCUCAGAACAGGAUUCUGGAAUACUGGAUGUAGAGGAUGAGGAAGAUGAUGUGCCGGGAGCCCAGGACUUGGUGGACUUCUCCCCUGUGUAUCGCUGUCUGCACAUCUACACUGUCCUGGGUUCCCGGGACACAUUUGAGAACUACUACAGGAAGCAGAGAAGGAAACAGGCUCGACUAGUGUUGCAGCCAAAUUCUAACAUGCACGAGACCCUCGAGGGAUACAGGCGGUACUUCAAUCAGAUUGUAGGUUUCUUUGUAGUGGAGGACCACGUCCUGCACACCACCCGGGGGCUGGUGAACAGAGCCUACGUGGAGGAGUUGUGGGAGCUGGCCCUGUCCAAGACCAUAGCAGCACUACGAACCCAUUCAUCGUACUGCACCGACCCCGACCUGAUCUUGGACCUGAAGAACCUGAUUGUGCUGUUUGCGGACACGCUGCAGGGCUAUGGUUUUCCCACCAGCCAGCUGUUUGACAUGCUGCUGGAGCUGAGGGAUCAGUAUGGGGAGGUUCUGCUGAAGAAGUGGAAUCGGUUUUUCAGGCAAAUCCUUGAUCAGGACAAUUACAGCCCCAUCCCUGUGGCGACACAAGAGGAGUACAGACGAAUUGCGGGCCAGUUCCCCUUCCAAGACCCAGAACUGGAGAAGAUGUCUUUCCCGAAGAAGUUCCCAUUCUCUGAAUUUGUACCCAAGGUAUACUCUCAGCUCAAGGAGUUCAUCUACGCCUGCCUCAAAUACUCUGAGGAUCUGCAUCUUAGUUCUACAGAAAUCGACGACAUGAUCCGCAAGUCCACCAACCUGCUACUGACGAGGACCCUCAGCAACUGCCUGCAGUAUGCCAUCAAGAAAAAGAAUGUGGGACUGGCAGAGUUGGUUCAGAUUAUCGUAAACACGACUCACCUGGAGAUGUCCUGCCACUACCUGGAAGAGUUCAUCUCCAACAUCACCAAUGUGCCUCCACACAUGGUUAACGCCACCAAGCUCUACGGCACCUCCACCUUCAAGGAUGCUCGGCAUGCAGCGGAAGAGGAGAUCUACACUAACCUGAACCUGAAGAUCGACCAGUUUCUGCAGCUGGCAGAUUAUGAUUGGAUGGCAGCCCAAGGGGGCGGGCAGGCCAGCGACUACCUGAGUGACCUCAUUGCCUUCCUCUGCAGCACCUUUUCAGUGUUCACACACCUGCCUGGCAGUCCCACAGAGCACGGCAGGCUGCCGGGGAAGGUAGCUCAGACAGCGUGCAUGUCUGCAUGUAAGCACCUCUCCACCUCCUUGCUCCAGCUGCUUCUGGAGGCGGAUGUCAGACAGGUGUCCAUGGGAGCACUGCAGCAGUUUAACGUGGACGUCAAAGAAUGUGAGAGGUUUGCCAGGGCCGGCCCGGUGCCUGGCUUCCAGGGGGACACUCUGCUGCUCGCCUUCAUCGACUUGAGACAACUGUUGGAUCUCUUUAUUCAGUGGGACUGGUCUACGUACCUUGCAGACUACGGACGUCCUUCCUGCAAGUACCUGAGGGUCAACCCGCACACUGCUCUUGCCCUGCUGGAGAAGAUUUCUCGAGCGAUGAAGGACACCAGUCGCAAAAACAGCGUGUUCUCUCAGUUCCGCAAGAACGAGCGCGACAAGCAGAAGCUCAUCGACACCGUUGUCAGGCAGCUGCGGAACCUCAUCGCCGCCCACCAGUCCUGAGGCUGUCUGGUUGCCAUAUUUCAGAACACCUUGUCCAUCCGAAAGUCUCGACUGGCCAUCUCCUCUGCCAGAGCAUGCAGAUCACCCUCCUGACACACCCAUGAUUUGGCUGGGGAAUGGAGGCGUAUCCUGUCUACCUAUCAGUAAAAGUAAAAAUGAGAGGGGGGUAAAAAACCCUAAAAGAACACACUUGCACUAACGUAUAUAUGGGUGCCACGAAUCUUUUAAAACAAGCAUGCUCCUCACUAUAGGGUGUGCCUGCAUGUUAAACUCUAAGGUGUGACUGGGAACCUUUCUCUGCGGUGUGUCUGAGAGUUAUACUGUUUGGGUGCCAAUGGUUGGUUGGUUUGUUUGUUUGUUUGUUUCUUGUUUAAGCUUUUUGUUUUAGCUCUUUGUUCCUGUGAGACUCUUCAUACUCUUCACGUCUUUUAUAAACACACAGAGGCCGAUGGCUUGUAACAGAGCUUCCUCUAUAUUGCUUUGCACAGUUAUGGGUCUCGGCUGAACUGGAACACCUGGUAAUCUCUCUUCUACAGUUAGAAUCACUGACUUCCAAUGACCGUUAGUAGAAACAAAAGCGAAAGCACGAGGCCAGUUAUUGCCUUUAUCUCUAACCCGUCCACAGGAACGCCAUCAACUGCCGACCUGACAGAUACAUAUAGAGCUCCUGUUGUUGAGGGGAGAGCUGAUUGGUUCGCUGUCGGUCUUCCAAUCGGCAUGCCUGCGUGUGCACACGCACGCGUGGGUGAACAUCUUCAGUUCUUAAAUAAAGACACACAUUUCUUAUUUUUAAUAAAUGUGGGUGCAAUAUUUACUUCAAACAUUUUUUUGUUUGUUUGUUUGUUUUUUGUUUGUUUGUUUUUUUUUCCUCAGAGGGAAUGAAUUAGAAAAUUUCGUCGCAGUUUGUAUUGUAAAAAAUGGAGGAUGUUCUGUUUUUACAUGUGUGCACAUGCGCAUGUAAACAUGAACCUGCCCUUUUACAAACGUGUGUAAUCAGAACCUAAAGGGGAUUCCUUCGCGCUCGCCUCACCUGUGAGGCGACUCUUGUGGUGUUUGAACUGGAGUGUGUGAGAGUGUUGCUGUUGUACUGGAUGCUGUUCUCCAGUCAUGCGAGUGCCUGUGCCUUGACUACCAGACUUCCAGGUUUGUGACUGUAGUGACUUCUGCACUGAAGCUGGACUUAGGUUUGUGACCGAGCUGUAGGACUGUGUGCGUGGGAGACAUGGGGAAUGCGCGGCAAUAUAUGUGAGUAUGCUGCUCUUGUAGUCAGUUUUGCAUGUAUAUAAAAACUAUUCCUUUUGUGUUUUUUUCUUUUUACUGGAUACAGGUGCACUGUGCAGACUGUAAUGUUAAACCACUAAUGAAUGACCUUACAAUACUAAUAAAGCCUAAAACAAAUGCCAAAUAAACAAACCACACGUCU